AUGAGUUUUGAUUCCCAAUUGGAUGCGGUUGAUAGAAGUCUCCAAGAUAGAGAAGCUACUAUGAGAUUAUUGAGGUUCCAACCGGAGAAAGCUCAAAAUAGAAUGAAGCAUGGUGUUCAGAAACUAUCAUCCAAAUAUUUUAGGCCCUUCAAGAUACUUGCUAGAGUGGGAUCAGUAGCAUACACCUUGGACCUCCCUGUUGGUACCAAGAUCCAUCCUACAUUCCAUAUCUCACAGCUGAAAAAGAAGAUAGGGUCUCACUCGGCCACAGUCACUUUGCCUAUAGUACUUUCAGAAGCUGGUCAUGUGCUGCUACAACCUGAGGCCAUACUUGAUAGAUGGAUGAUUCAGAAGCAUGGGAGAGUUGUAUCCCAAGUUCUAGUCAAAUGGUUUAAUGCCGCACCUGAGGACAGUACAUGGGAAGACUACCACGACCUUAAGCAGAGAUUUCCUCAUUUCAAUCCUUAA